CUAAACGUCUGAAUCGUGAAUCGUCUGAUCGAUUCCAUGGAAGGAGGAUUCCGCAAUCGGCAAUCGGCAUGCAUAUUAUUAUUCCAGCAUCAAUAACUGUUUCAGUAUUUAUAAUUAGGACUAGCUUGCAACCCAUUAUCUACACAAGCUAGCGCAGAUGGAGAUGCAUCAGCCCCGGGAUCCGGAAGACAACCUCCAAUUCGAAAAGAUAGUCGAUCCAAGGGAGAAGAUGAGCAAAGCCUUGAAGAGGUGUCUUCUCCUACUCAAUUUGGCUUUGAUGGUGCUGGGCGAGUCCGGUGGUCCGCUGCUGAUGCGACUCUACUUCAACCGAGGCGGUAAUAGAAUUUGGUUAUCUAGCUGGUUGGAGACCGGCGGUUGGCCAAUUUUUCUAUUCCCUCUAUUGUUUUCGUACUUGCACCGGCGUAGCAAGCUGGGUGAACAAGGUGCCAGGCUCUUCUUCAUGAAGCCUCGUCUCUUUGUUGCUUCUGCUUCCCUUGGCCUCCUCACCGGCUUGGUUGACUACUUGUAUGCCUAUGGCAUGUCUCGUUUGCCCGUCUCCACCAUUUCUCUCAUAAAUUCCAGCCAACUGGCCUUCAAUGCACUUUUCUCUUUUCUUCUAGUUAGGCAAAGGUUUACACCUUUUUCUAUUAACUCUGUCGUUCUGCUGACCAUUGGGGCCAUAGUUCUCGGCCUUCAUUCAAGCAGCGACCGACCAAAGGAUGAGGCCAAAGAUCAGUAUUAUAUGGGUUUCUUUGUCUCUAUUGGAGCGGCAGUAUUGUAUGGUCUGUUGCUACCCAUGGUUGAGUUCACAUACAAAAGAGCCAAGCAGGCCAUUACUUACCCUUUGGUUAUGGAGAUCCAGAUGGUGAUGUCCAUCUUUGCUACUGCUUUCUGUACCGUAGGGAUGCUAGUGAACAAAGACUUCAAGGCCAUUGGAAGUGAGGCAAGGGAGCAUGAGCUUGGGGUGGUAAAGUAUUACGUAGUGCUGGUGUGCAGUGCAAUCUUUUGGCAGUUCUUUUACCUGGGAGCUGUUGGUGUCAUCUUCUAUGCUUCGUCUCUGGUCGCAGGUAUUACAAGUGCAACGUUACUCCCCAUAUUGGAGAUACUGGCUGUUAUCUUCUACAAAGAGAAAUUCAAAGGUGAAAAGGGAAUCUCCCUUACCUUAGCUUUAUGGGGUUUCACCUCUUACUUCUAUGGAGAGCUCAAAGGAAACAACCAACAAGAUCAAAAACCAGAGUCAGAGCCUCAUCAGUGUCCUAAUUCAUCAUCUCAAGUCUAGUGAAGCAAUUGUAUGCAUGAAUUUAAAGAAUAAGUCUUUUGUAUUUAUUCUCAACAUAUAAUUAUAUAUA